CUGCGUACGAUCAAAUUUAGGUUUUAAUUAAACAGACAAGAACUGGUGGUAUGAAACUUGACGGAGUUGCCACAUGCACGUUCCCACCUUUUUAUUCAGCUGCUUCACCAACAACGUGAGAAGAAAGCUUCAGAAAUCACUUCAAACGAGGAAAAAGACAAUUCCCGCAUGCACUUUACAUUAUUAGCUGCAAAUAUUUAAGGUUGCUCCUCACAUAUUACACGCGCAGCCAAGAAAACCAACCAUGCCGCUGCCGCCGGAUUCAUCAUCACCUUCUUCUUCUUCAAAGCUUGUGUAUUUUGUAGUAGUGAUUCCACUGAUUUUGUUAUCUGGGCUUGUGCUUAUACUCAACCAUAACCCCUCUACCACUUUUUCUUGGCCAUUAUCUUUUCUUGAUGCCCUGAAUUCACAUUCUGGAGCUCGUGCUCCUGCUGCUGCGGCGGAAGGUCCAGAACCGGCCGCUUCUAGGGCGGCGCUGCAGCCUCCUGCUGCGCAACCGACACAGGAUCAGUCACUAGUUAUGGAGAACGUACAGAGCGCGAAAACUGCUAAAUUUGGGAAAACAUAUACAAAUUUGGACAAUUUAGAUAUGGUUGAGGCUAGUCUGGCACAGGCUCGAGCAACUAUACAAGAGGCUCAGCGCAACAAUGAAACAUCAUAUGAUCCUGAUUACGUCCCUACAGGUCCGAUGUAUAGGAAUCCCAAUGCUUUUCUCAGGAGCUACUUGGAAAUGGAGAAACUGUUUAAGAUUUACGUGUACGAGGAUGGAGAACCGCCGCUAUAUCAUUACAGCAAAAGCCUAGGAAUUCUUGGGAUUGAGGGUAUUCUCAUUCAUCAGAUUGAGAUCAGCAAAUUCCGUACGAGGGAUCCUGGAAAAGCCCAUGUCUACUUCAUUCCGUUGAGCGUGCAAUCGAUAGUCGCCUACGCUUAUGUGAGACACAACCGAGCAUGGAGUCCCCUGCAAAACAUAGCCAGAGACUAUGUCAAACUUAUUUCCACAAAGUAUCCUUAUUGGAAUCGAACUCUAGGAUGCGAUCAUUUCAUACUUGGUUGUCAUGAUUGGACUCCAAUGAUUUCCAAUGCCGUUCCUGACCUAUUCAAGAACUCAAUCAGAGUUCUGUGCAAUGCUAACACCUCAGAAGGAUUCAAGCCCUCGACAGACGUGUCCCUGCCCGAGAUAUAUCUUCCUCACGGGACGAUGGACGGCUUGAUAGGCGGGAUGCCUCCGUCUGAGCGUUCCGUUUUAGUUUUCUAUGCGGGAGGCAUCCACGGCUACAUCAGGCAAGUGCUUAUGGACCAAUGGAAGGACAAAGAUCCCGACAUUCAAAUUCACGAGUACCUUCCAAAAAAUAUGUCGUACUACAGCAUGUUCCGAAAGAGCAAGUACUGCAUUUGUCCUAGCGGCUGGGAAGUAGCGAGUCCAAGAAUGGUCGAAGGCCUCUACAUGGGAUGUGUUCCGGUGCUCCUUAAGGACCAUUAUGCGAAACCGUUCAACGAUGUCUUGGAUUGGAGUACCUUCUCAGUCGAUGUUCCGGUGAAUCAAAUUCCGGACUUGAAGAAGAUUCUGACAGCCAUACCACAAGAACAAUACCAAGAGAUGCAAAAAACAGGCAUCCUAGUCAGGAGGCAUUUUGAGGUUAAUUUCCCGCCUAAACGGUACGAUGUUUUCCACAUGAUACUUCAUUCGAUAUGGCUUAGAAGAAUCAAUAUUCAACUUCAUGACACACAUGAAAGCUGAUGUUUCUUCGUGUUACAUCUCCUCGAGUGCAAGAACAUAGGAGCAUAAUUAAGCACAUUUGCUAAGAUUGUCUGUUGUAA